CCGGCGUCCCGGAACCAACCCUGCCGUCGCCACCGCCUCCUGCCCCGGCCCGCCGGCAGCAUGUCAGCUCCCGGCGCCGCCUCCCGCAGGUGACACCCGCCCUUCCGCUGCCGCUGCUUCCCCUCCUAUAUGGGCCACCUGCUCUCGAAGGAGACAAGGAGCCUAAGCCGGGAUCGCCGCCGCCCACGGGGGAAGGUGCCUCCGCCGCGCAGCAGGAGCUGCUUACUGCGCGGGCCCUGCAUGCUCUGCUUCAUCGUGCACGGCGCCAGCCCGCCCGCCCCGGAGCAGCCGCUGCCCGCCGGGGACCCGCUGCUUCCGCCGCCGCCGCCCUACGUGUCGCUGACAGCCGCGGAGCAGCGCGUCGCCCGCCGCCUCCUGCGCCUGGCGCCCGCCGCCUGGGAACCUCCGGGCCGCUGCCACCGCCUCUUCCUCUCCGGCCUGCUGCCCUCGCCGGUGCGGGGCCUCCUGGGGCCGCCCGGCGAGGUCUCCUCCGAGAUGGUGUGCAAGCGCAAGGGGGCCGGGCUGCCCGCCUGCCCGCCCUGCAAGCAGCCGCGCUGCGCCGCCGCCGAGCCCGAGCCCGGCGCCUGCCAGUGCCCGGCGGAGCCGCAGCUGCUCGCCCUGCCCGGCGGCGCGGGGGAGAGCGGCGGGGGCACCGCCGAGCAGAGCGGUGCGGGACAGCCCGCCUCGCCGCCGCCUCCCACUGCCCAGGACGAGAAGGAGCAGGGCCGGGAGGAGGAGAAGGAGCGGGGCGGCGAGGCGGGCUGCGAGGAGCCUCUGGAGUACCCCGGCGACAGCUGCCGAGAGUUGCCGCCGCCGCCCACCCCGGAUAUAAACCAACUGCCGCCUUCCAUCCUCCUCAAGAUAUUUUCCAACUUAUCUCUGAAUGAACGUUGCCUUUCAGUGUCAUUAGUCUGUAAAUAUUGGCGUGAUCUCUGUUUAGAUUUUCAGUUUUGGAAGCAACUGGAUCUCAGCAGUCGUCAGCAGGUCACUGAUGAGCUGUUGGAAAAAAUAGCAUCAAGAAGCCAGAAUAUUACUGAAAUCAAUAUUUCUGAUUGCCGCAAUGUAUCUGAUACAGGAGUAUGCAUAUUAGCAAUUAAAUGUCCUGGGCUCUUAAGAUAUACUGCCUACAGGUGUAAACAGCUUUCUGACACCUCUAUUAUUGCAGUUGCCUCUCAGUGUCCUCUUCUUCAGAAGGUGCAUGUGGGCAAUCAAGACAGACUCACUGAUGAAGGCCUGAAGCAGCUCGGCUCAAAAUGCAGGGAAUUGAAAGACAUACAUUUUGGGCAAUGUUACAAGAUCUCAGAUGAAGGAAUGAUCAUUAUAGCUAAAGGCUGUUUGAAGCUGCAAAGAAUAUAUAUGCAAGAAAACAAAUUAGUGACAGAUCAGUCUGUGAAAGCUUUUGCGGAACAUUGUCCUGAGCUGCAGUAUGUUGGUUUCAUGGGCUGCUCUGUUACUUCAAAAGGAGUCAUUCAUCUUACCAAUCUAAGAAAUCUUUCAAGCUUGGACCUACGUCAUAUCACAGAACUGGACAAUGAAACCGUGAUGGAAAUAGUAAAGAGAUGCAAAAACCUUAAUUCUCUCAAUCUGUGUCUGAACUGGAUCAUUAAUGACAGAUGUGUGGAGGUGAUUGCCAGAGAGGGACGGAACCUGAAAGAACUGUAUUUAGUAUCCUGUAAGAUCACAGAUUAUGCGCUGAUAGCCAUUGGGAGGUACAGCAUGACAAUAGAGACGGUGGAUGUUGGAUGGUGCAAAGAGAUCACGGACCGUGGAGCCACCCAGAUUGCUCAGCGCAGCAAAUCCCUCCGAUACUUGGGACUGAUGAGAUGUGAUCAAGUGAAUGAGGCCACAGUGGAGCAGCUGGUGCAGCAAUAUCCACAUAUAACCUUCAGUACUGUGCUGCAGGAUUGCAAGAGAACACUGGAGCGGGCUUAUCAAAUGGGCUGGACACCCAAUAUGUCUUCUGGCUCCUAACUUUCUGUACCAACAUGUUCCACUCUGCUGCAUUCGGUAGAUCUAAUGGGGAUUGCAGAAGGGUUUAGAACCUUUCAUAUGAUGCAAUAUAGUUGUGAGUUUACAGAGGUUACAGUAAAAUGGCAAAAGCUGUACACUGACUUUAACGUACUGUACAACUAAGUACAAAUAUUGAAGCAAAACUUUAGAAAUGCAUUGUGGUUUUGUUUGCAUAAAAGUGAUAAAAGCCUUUGGCAAAUUUCUUGAAGUGGAUUCCUACUAGUUCUCUGGAUAGUUUGAGUUAUAGAUGUUAAGCUUGUUUUCCUCUGUUUAUUUUGCCUUGGUCAUGUGCGUUUCUUUGAUCUGUAAAUGGUAACUCAGUGCUAGCAUCAGUGCAGUUGAUCAACAGAGGCAUAUGUUGAAACUGGGAACUAAACUUGAUGCUUUUUAUUUACUAAAGCUAUGCCAGUGGUUUUAAGAUACAGAGUAAUAAGAAAAUCUACAGUGAACUUUCUUAUCAACAUCCUUGGGGUUUUUUUCUUUAAAUAUAGGAAGCUGUAGUGAUAUUAAAAUCUUUCCCACCUUGACAUUUUAAUAAUAAUAAUAAUAACAUUUUAAUAAUGAAUAACACUGCUUACCCUAACAAUAAUAACCAGCUACAUUUCAUGAAGACAAAGAAUAGCUGAAUACACCAACUAUCAGAAAUAAGUUGGUGAUGCUUAUUAUAUUUGGCUAAAAAAAAAUUUAUGUCUAUUGUAAGUGAACUUGUCUCCUCUGACUAUGCUGUUCUGUUGAUGAAUUGGAAAAUUCUGAUGAAUGGGUAUAAGUCAAUAACAGGAUGCCUCUCAUUUCCUGUGUGGUUUUAUUUUGGAAUGGAUUUUCCAAUACAAAUAGUGCUUACCUUGAGAAGGCCAUCAUGAGGUCAUCCCAUUGUGGGUAUCUUUUAUAGGAUCAGAUGCUUCUUAAUACAGUGUAUCCAAGGAAAUGUCCAAAUUAAACGCAUAAAAUUAUUAAUUUUCUUUGUGGGACUGAUAGGUUUUAAUCCCAAACAGCAACCAAGUAUCACACAGCCUUUCUCUCACUCUCUCUCACACAUUGCAUUCUAAGGAGUUAAAUUUGAGCAGGGAAUUGUGAAAAAUACAGACAUUGCAGCUUCAAUUUGGAGUUGCCUUAACCUUUAGAGUAUUACCAUUUGGUUAAGAAUGUUGUCAGGUAUGUAACACUGGAUAUUCGUUUUUAAGAGGUUACAGCAUUUUAAUCCAAACUAUGAACUCACCUGGAUAUGAUCCUUGAGCUUCAGCUGAAAAGUCGCCAUUAUUGUCAAAAUGUUUUGCUAAUCCAGAAGGCCUAAUGCAGCAUAACAUAGAAGCUUGUUUAGUAUGGCUGUAUAACCCUGUAAACCUAUUUGUUGAUUUCCAUAGCAUAAUUUUUUACAACAGAAACAUCAACUCACAUUACUUCCAGUGAGGAUGUUGAAUGUUUUCUUAUUAGACUUUUCAAAAUGGGGAUGAACUAAUUUCUCUGGAAAAAAAGUAUAUGGUAAAGAUUUUGUUUAAAAUAAGUGGUAAAUACUUGUGAACAUGUGUAAUGCUAUGCUGUUUAUUUACUCCUAAAUGGUGACAAUAUUUUAAGAAUAAAGCCUGUGAAUUAUAUUGCAGAUAUAGUACAGAAUCUUAGUCAAUUUUCUUUUAAUGUCUCUUUAUGAGUGCAUUAAAACUAUUCACACAAUUUGUAAGUUUCUAUUUUUUCGUGAGACCUUUGAUCUUGCAAUAAAUUUUAAUAAAACAAUAAAUAAUAAUAAAACAAUAA